UUACAACACAAGAAAAAAGAGACUACUAAAAAUCAUAAUGAGGCCGACACCAAAAGUAGAAAUCUGGAAGUCACCAGUACCAUAUCUCUUUGGUGGUCUCUUUUUGCUUGUUUUGCUUAUAGCUUUGGCAUUACUCUCAUUGGUCUGCACACACCAAAAACCUUCUUCCUCUAGCAAUAACAAUCAUAUGGAUGAAGAAGACGAUGUCGGUGACAAGGACGCUAAGCCUAUUACAAGAGAGUACUUACCUAAGAUCGUGGUGAUUUUGGCCGGAGACAAUAAACCUACUUGCUUGGCUGUUCCGGUCGUGGUUCCUCCACCCACUUCCAUUUUUCGUUGUAACUGUGACAAUGUUACUGUCAUCUCAACCUAACCAUUAACAUCUUUUUCUUCUUUUGCCGACAGAAAGAUUAAGAGAUUUCGACUUUUGUAAUAAUCAGCGGCAAUUUUGUAACAGUCGAUAAUUUUUGUGGCAAUGUUAGUAUAGAUUAAGUUUUGUGUUAUUGCUUUUGUUUGUUGAGUUUGUUUUUGGAACAGCUUAUGAAUUAUUGUUCUCUUUUUU